AUGCCAGCAGCCACGACGAUGGCCCAUGUGAGCAAGGCGAAGAUGUUACUUUAUAAGCAAUCUCAAGCCAUCGCCUUCGCCGAAGAGUUGAAAGUGCUAUCCGUGGGAGCGGCGCUGCUCAGAGGAAACAGAUUGGUCGGUUUGAACGCAUAUCUAGACAACGAUGGAGUACUGCGGACUAGAGGCAGACUGAACUCAAUUGACAUAGCCGAAGACGCAAUUAUACUAGCUCCAGGAUGCCGGAUAACUAACCUAAUAGUGAGAAGCUUUUACGAGAAGUUCCAUCAUCUCGCUCACGAGACGGCAAUAAACGACAUCAAGGCUUCGUUUUACAUCAGCCGCCUCCGAGUGUUGUACAAAUCCGCGCAGGAGAAGAGAUGGGUAGCUCUGUUCACCUGCCUCACGUUGCGCGCGGUGCAUUUUGAGUUCGCCCAUAGUCUUGACACAAGUUCAUGCAUCAUGUGCCUCUCCAAUUUUAUGGCGCUUCGAGGGACGCCAAAGGAAAUAUUCUCAGACAAUGGUACGAACAUCAGAGCCACGAAAAAAGCCGUGCGAGAGGAGCUGAAAAAUAUCGAGCACGAUAAGAUCACCAUUAAGUUUGAUGGUAUAAAGUGGCGAUUCAACCCACCAGGAGCACCACACAUGGGUGGAGCAUGGGAAAGACUCUCCUUCAACGACGAGGGCUUGAGAAACGCAUUGAUGGAGGCACAAUUUAUCAUCAACUCGCGACCGCUCAUGUUCGUAAGUCUGGACACUGAGGAUGACGCCGCUCUGACUCAGAACCAUCUACUGUUGGGGUCAGCGAAUGGAUACAAGCCACUGCCAAAAGAAGGGAUGAAUCUGCAGCGUAGAUGGAUUGAGACUCAGCGCUUCGGGGACCGUUUUUGGCAGCGAUGGAUUAAAGAGUAUGCGCCCGUAUUAACCAGGCGUACCAAAUGGUUUAAAAAGGUACCUCCAAUAACCAUUGGGAGCAUCGUAGUCAUCGUAGAUGAGCUUCUACCCAGGAACUUGUGGUUAAAAGGACGAGUGAUCGAGACAAUGAUGGCCAAGGAUGGGCAAGUUCGACGAGUGACUAUAAAGACCCAGCACGGCGUUUUGGAACGACCAGCAACGAAGAUAGCGGUUUUGGACGUCGGCUUGGAGGAUGGUAACUGA